GAGAGAGUGGGUAAGAGAGUGAGAAAGAGAGCACAAGUGACCAGGAGAGAGACGGCACACGCUCUCUUUUGCUGCUACAUCGGAUCCUUUCCACAUCGACGCUGCUGUUAACGUCACGCCUGUGAGCCGCGCUUGCCCAGCGCUUGCCUCCUUUGCCUUGCUUCUUUCCCCAGUUGGAUGCUGCAUUAGCGAGGGGGUGCUGAUCACCACAAAAAUAGAGGGAAAGGAAGAAAAAAGAAGCUGGAAACGAAGAAACAAGCCACUGAGAGGAGGGGGAAAACUGUGCACCGUUCUUCUCUUUAACCCGCUUCAAUCAAACCAGCUACGAGACCUCCUCUCCACUCAUCAUUCCCAUUCAACCCCCACCCCACUCUCCUUCAGAAGAAAUUGACGGAUUAUUGGGAACUGUUCAGGAGGCAGGCAGCAGCUGCUGCUGUGCCUGCUCGCAACUGCCGCUGUGUGUUUCGCAGGGAUGGUGUCUCCUUGUCUGCAAUUCCUGCUGCUGCAACCGCAGCAACCAAGGCUGGAGUGUGUGGCUUGUUAAGAGGACUAAGAAGCUAAUGAAGGGAGUGUGUGUCCUUUCAACCCCUGCCAAGCUCUCCCUGAGGAAAGACAUAAAAAUUCAGAAAAAUUAAGUGAACACGAUGGCACAACCCUCAGAGCGUGCGCAAAGAACAAGAAAUGCAAGAGGAGGCGAAGGCGGUACAGACUGACCAACCGACCAACUGAUUGACUACUUAAAAAGUGAACAGAGGAAUACCAAGAAGGUGGGGGGGUUGUUUUUUUUAAGCUCCCUCAGCUUUUCCUACAGACCACAACAAACAAUGAGGCGUUGAAGAUUUGAGGACUGUGGAAUUUUCAUUCAAUCUUUUUUUACCCUCACCUAUAUACUCCUCCUUUUUGACAUUUUGCUGCAGAAAACUGCAUGUGUGUUUUUAUGGUCACCAGUACUAUGGAGACCUGGACAAGCAGAUCAACUGUCGGAUUCCAAGGACAAGCAAGACGAGAGGAAACGACAGCAAGAACCAAACAAGAAAUCGCUGCUGCUCUUGGAGCCUGACUGGAUUCCUGUCUGCAGUCUUUUUUUUUCUUCUUCCCCUCAUCAGAGCGGGAGAAGAAAAACUCCCUUCAGGCCUUCAAACCCUUCUCUUUGGAUGUAUGGAUUUACAAAAGGGCUCAACAUCUUCUAGAUUAAGCUCUUUGGUAUUGGUACUAAUUUUGACAGGACAAAUAAAAAAGGGUUUUCUUUGCUGCUCUUGGAUACAAAUGCACCUGACGUGAAAACCACAACUCUUUUCUGAUUGCAAAAAGGACGGAAUAUAUUUAUCUCUGUUCAAGGACCUGUAAAAAUAACUUGAGAUAUUCGGUUACUCUCCCUGUCCCAAAACCCUCCAUACACCUGUCCCAAACAUCCCCAUCCUCCCCCCCAGAUGAUGCUGAAUUAUGAACGUGCCACAUCAUGACUCUCCUGGGGCGGGUAGCUGUGCAUCGUGCCAGGAAAGCCGCCCUGUUCUGUGUAUUAUUCCUGAUGGUGCGAGCGUGGAGCAGCGCCUCCCUGGCCUCGGCGGGGGCGGCGGUGCCUCAAGGACCUCAGGGCUGUCCACCACAGUGUUCCUGCAGUAAUCAGCAGGGGAAAGUGGUGUGCACUCGAAGGGGCUUAACCCGAGUGCCCCCUGGCAUUCCUGCCAACACACGACACCUCAAUCUAAUGGAAAACGCCAUUGAGGCGGUGCAGGCUGACUCUUUCCGCCAUCUGCACCACCUUGAGGUGCUCCAGCUUGGGCGAAAUGCCAUACGGCAGAUUGAGGUGGGUGCGUUUAAUGGACUGACAAGCCUCAACACUUUGGAGCUCUUUGAUAACAGGUUGACAGUUGUGCCUAGUGGGGCCUUUGAGUACCUGUCUAAACUGAGAGAACUGUGGCUGAGGAACAACCCAAUUGAAAGUAUUCCCUCAUAUGCCUUUAACCGGGUGCCCUCACUCAUGAGACUGGACCUAGGAGAAUUGAGAAAAUUGGAGUACAUCUCAGAAGGAGCUUUUGAAGGUCUACAAAAUCUCAAGUACCUCAACCUGGGAAUGUGCAACAUAAGGGGUGAUAUGCCAAAUCUGAGUCCCCUAAAUGGCCUUGAGGAGCUGGAGAUCUCUGAGAAUCUGUUCCCUGUGAUAAAGCCAGGCUCCUUCAAAGGUCUACGGUCUCUUAAAAAACUAUGGGUGAUGAACUCACAAAUCACAGUAAUUGAACGCAAUGCUUUCGAUGGCUUAUCUUCACUGGUGGAACUCAAUCUUGCCCAUAACAACCUGAGUGCAGUGCCACACAAUCUAUUCUCCCCACUCAGGUACUUGGUGGAGCUUCAUCUUCACCAUAACCCUUGGAACUGUGGCUGCGAAGCAGCAUGGUUAGCCCGCUGGCUAAGAGAAUACAUCCCUACUAACUCAACUUGCUGUGGACGAUGCAACUCACCUGUUACAAUGAGAGGCCGUCAAUUGAUUGAAGUGGAACAAGGCGAGGGUGCGGCAAUUCAGUGUUCUGCACCGUUCAUUGCAGAUGCACCAAGGGACUUGAAUAUUUCAGCAGGAAGAGUAGCUGAGCUGCGUUGCAGCACUGCUCCAAUGUCUUCAGUGAGUUGGUUGCUACCCAAUGGGACUAUUCUGACACAUGCCUCUUGGCACCCCAGGAUAUCAGUGCUUAGUGAUGGUACCCUCAACUUCUCAAAUGUUUUGGCAGGAGACACCGGUACUUAUACCUGCAUGGUGUCCAAUGCGGCUGGGAACUCGAAUGCCUCAGCCUAUCUCAACGUGAGUGCAGCAGAGCUUAACACAUCCGUCUUGAGCUACUUUACCACAGUGACUGUGGAGGUCUUGGGUCCAACCACAGAGAUGCCCAAACCUAAGACUAGCAUGACAACAGCUGCUGCAGGUGCUGGAGUUGCUGGAGGAGGAGGAGUCAACCUAAGGACAACAACUACAACUGCAGCUCCUUCUGUAUUUCAACCAGUUUUCAUCUCAACACCAACAGUGCUGCUGCAAAACACGGACAGUCCAGCAAACGCAGCCAAGCCAUCCAUUUUACCAGGACUUAGAGGGGUCACUGGAAAACCAGGCAAGUCUGGCCCAAGCCUGGAUGAAGUUAUGACAACCACCAAAAUCAUAAUAGGUUGCUUUGUGGCAGUAACAUUGUUGGCUGCAGUCAUGCUAAUUGCCUUUUACAAAUUGAGAAAGCGCCACCAGCAAAGGAGCACAGUGGCAGCUGCCCGUACAGUAGAGAUUAUUCAGGUGGAUGACGAGGACCUUCCACCACCAGCAUCAGCAACCCAAGAGUCAUCUCUCACAUUACCUGAAAUACGGGACCACAACAGCAUUCAUAAACUGGACUUCAUCAGCCACAGGACUGAAUACAAUUUUCACAAACCCAAGGCUGAAUAUAAACCCCAGCCUGAUUUUGCAUUACACAAGCCGAAGGCUGAAUACACUACAUAUAAGCCAAAUAUGGACUUUAGUAGCCACAAAUCCACUGCAGAUUACAACACGCACAAAUCAACGCCUGACUUUAGCCUUCACAGACCAAAGCUCGACUGCAGUCCGUUUAGACAGGACUACAACUCUCACAAGCAAGAAUACAGCCCAUUUAAGACGGACUUUGGCAUUCACCCUAAGGCUAAAACAGAAUAUAGUCCCUUCAAAGCAGAUUACAGCACUCAUCCAAGACAGAGAACUGACUUCAGCCCGUUUAAACGAGAUUAUAGCACCCAACCAAAAGUAAAACAUGACUAUAGCCCACUGAAAUCAGACUACAACUCACAACACAAACCAAAAUCUGAACACAGUCCAUUCAAGACAGACUUUGGCACUCACCCAAGAUUUAAGCCUGACCAUAUGCCAUUUAACCCUGACUAUAGCACUCAACCUAAAGUCAAGAUGGACUACAACUCCCAGAGACCCAAGACGGAUAUGACCUACAAAAAUAAGGAUCAUUACACUCCUCAUAAGUCUGCACCUGACUACAACGCCUUCAAGACCGAUUUCAGUCCCCAUCAAGUGGAUUACAGCGCUUUCAAGUCUGACUUUAGUCCACAUACACAGAGACCUAAACUUGAUUAUAGUCCACAUAAAAUGGACUAUAGCCCUCAUAAGAUGGACUACAGCACUCUUAAGCCUAAAUACAACACGUACAAACCUACCGGCCAUGGAGCUAAAUGGACAGACAACAAUGUUGGUAAUUCUUUGCCUCGAACCCUGCCCAGCACUGUCCCCACGAUGGCUGAGCCCUAUGUCAUCAAAACUCACACCAAGGAGAAGGUACAAGAGACUCAGAUUUGAAAAAACCCCCCCCCCCCCCCCCAAAUGCUCUCAUUUUCCUUCCAGUCUCCAGCUCCAGCCCAACUAAGUUCCACUCACAAGUUCCUUUACUCAUGAAUAUCAUGCAAUAGAAUGCACAAGAAAAAAAGGACAGGAGCUACUUUUUGUACAGAGUGCAACUUUAAAAGACUGAUUUAUUGUUGUACAUGCUUAUAAAUAAAUUUAUAUAUAUAUAUAUAUAUAUAUAUAUAUAUAUAUAUAUAUAUAUAUAUAUAUAUAUAUAUAUAUAUGGACAAACUGAAAAUACCAUGGGUUGGUGAUAGAGAAACAUAUAUUAAAAAAUAAAAUGAGAUAUUUUCUAACUUGUAACUUCUAUUUAAAACGAGUUGUUUAAGAUGCUGUCUUGACUUUGACAAAUGAGAGUAGUAUUGUUUUAAAAAGGGGCAUUCUGUGUGAUUUUUACACCAUGCUUCACAGAAUGCAGUGACGAGAAAAAUAUUUAUACAGAGAAGACUUUCUUUAACAAAACCGAAAAAAGGUCAGUGCCGAUCUUUACAGGUUUAUCUUGUAAAAGCACCAAGAAUUUGUACUGUGCCAAAUGUUAUAAAUGCAAUAAAAAUGAUUUUUUUGAAGAAAAAAAAGGAGAUUUUAAAGAGCAAUGUUUUUUUCCCCUCUUUCUUCUUUCAGUUUGUACUGUAACGAUCUGCCAAAUGCUUUAGACACUGCAGUAAGAUUAUGCAGCUAUAGUUUAACCCUAGCUGUGCUGAAUGGCUCAGCCAGAAUGAAGUACAGCACUAAAGAGGACAGAGCAUUCAUUUUUAAAACUUUAAAUACUUCUGGCAAUAUGGUUUCCACGUACAAAGAGGUGAACUUGACUGACUAUGGUCGAUACGUCAAUAAAAGUCAGUGCAGAGUAAAAAUAGUAAACGCAGACAAAUGCAGUACUGUUGCAGUCGUCUAUUUUUAAACGAAACCACAAUAAUAAAAUUCCGUGGAAAUCCUCCUAUGUUUUUUAUAGAGUAUUAGCAAAGACAGUGCAUUGCAUCAAUCUUAUAUCCCCACUAAGACGGGGAAAUACAGUGAGCGUUAUGCCUUUCAAUAUAUAGUUGAGGGUGAAAGGAAAGUGUGCUCUUUAGAACCCUAACCCCAGGCAAACGAAAAACCUUAAAAUAAAAAAGAAAUUGGAUGGCAAAAAAUUUGAUGCAGACUGAAGAGAGUGGAUUGAUUUUAUGUUGAAGUGAUGUGAUUCAUCUUUUGUUUAGGCAUUUCACAAGAUGGAGGGUUUGAACACAUCAGAUGCUGCAGAAAACAGUAUCAUUGAAUCAAUUCUAUUCUUUUUUAUGUUUCUGGUUAAUAAAAAUCUAGUAUGAUAUGGGUUUCAGGGGUUAAUUAAAAAGGUUUAUAAAUGUUAAUUUGCUUAGCAGGUUGUGAAGAACAUUAAUUUGCUUACGGCUGCAUCAGAAUUUAAGCAACUAAUAUGUACAAUAUAAAUGAAACAAACACUGAAUGCUUCCAAACUCGCCAAAGCUGAGCAAAGAUUAGACAAGACUAUCAAAACUGAGGUUUUUUCCUCCUUCCAGCAAUACAUUUACAAGUAACACUGUAUUCUAAAUGAAGCACUCUUCUGCAGAAGCAGAAAAAAGGUGAAAGUUGGUCUGCAUGUCUUCGUGGGCACAUUAUGACACUUCUGUGUAAACUGAGCUAUGCGAAAGAAAGAACUCCAUGUAAUAGAUUAAAUAAAAAAAAGGGGACAAAUGUGGAGUUAGAAUAGGAAGUGCCAUUGAAAAUGACUGCACUCAAAUGUAAGACUUUGGUUACAUUUGUGUUCAAUAUGAUGUGAUACGGGGAUUUGAAUCCAAUACCAACAAAUCUGUUUAACCCAUUUAAUAGUUUAAAAACAAAGCUUUCAUUUGGCUAUGUUUUGCCGAGACAACAUUGAUGCAAUUUAGACCAUUGAAAAUUGAGCAAAAGAUUAUGACUUAAGGAUUGGUCAAGACAGAUUAAAUUCUAUUUAAGGUUUUACUCAAUUUUGUUAAAAGCUUAACGUGCUCCCUCCAAGUGUGAUCUAGCAGGACCUGAAAGCAUGAUUUGUUUUCCAAAGCAUGUAGUGCUAUGUGGUCACAUACUUGCCUCACUGUGCUAUAAAAGGCUCCUUCACCCUAAUCGGUUAAAAUGGCUACAGGGUCAUCAAUCAGCCAAUCAGCUGGCCAGCCACUGGAGGGCCUGUCUCCAUGGGAAACACUUCUCAGCUCCUCUUUUGCCACAACAUUUUUUUUUUUUUUCUGUGUGCUUCAUUAGCCAUCAUGAAGCCACUGGAAAGAGGAAGCACGGCAAGAUGGACUUAUUGAACCACAGUUCUCAGAAGGGAAAGUGUGCAAAUUAACAAUAUUUGAUUUGGUUAUGGAAUUUUGCUAUAAAAAUUUAUCUGGAUUUGGGAAAGUGUUAAAAUUUGAAAUGUGAUGUUAGAAAAGGAGGAAUAAAGAUAAUGGCCUAAAUAGAAAUGGGACUGGCAUCUAGUAGAAAAGUAAAUGAAAAUAGAAGCAACAUGACAAAGUGCUUGUUUGAGAAUGUCUAUGUGUGGAGAUGACAGCGAAAAAAAACAGGAAAACUAAUUUAUUCCCACUGAUAAAGAAAAAUGUUGUACUACACAAGAGAGAGAAGCCGUGUAGAAAAAGAAAAGAAGCAAAAAUAAAAGGCAGUUGGGAAAAGACUAAGCAGAUCAAAUGUGAUGCAAGAGUGCCAGCUACAGAUGGAAUGGGGGAUAUAUAGCUUGGCUAUUGUGACUCCUGCAUGUUUGGUGAAUGGCCUAGACUGCACCACAAGGAGCGUGCUAGGGUGGGGGGGAGGGGCUUAUGUAGCAGAGUGCAGCAGAUAAAUGCUGAUACAAGGCACAGUCUGGACCACUGAGGGAGUUUGAGUACAAGAAAUUGGCAUAUAUAACAGUAGGAAGUGGGAUGAUCAAGAGGCUAGAACAAGUGGAAUUGUAGGGAAGAUGCAGUACAACUGUCUAUAUGAGUAGGGAGUAAGUAAAGAAGGUCAAACCAGCCAGCAGCAAAAAGAGGAAUGUAAUUUUUUCUAUUUAAACGCACAAUCGACUUAAUCUUAAAGGACAUUUUCCAGCCCAAUUAUUUUGAUGCAAUCUUUUAAUUAAAAAUGUUCCUCUAUUAAUUACUAUGAAUAAGACUGCUUUACAUUAAUUAAAUUCCACUUUUUAAAUACUUUAGAUCAGUUUAAUUCUCUAAAUUUUGCUUGUUUACAAACAAAUACCAAAGGAUUAAGUUAUCAUUUGUUACUUUAGUUUUACUAUUUGUAACUUUUCUCCCAAAGUAAAAAUGGUGCUCUAAUAUUCUGAAUUGCAUUCCAUUGUGUAUAUGGACAGUUAUCUUAGAAAUGUCAUUUAUGUGUCACUUUUUUUCCCAUUAAAAAAAACAGCUUCACUAAAACAACUGUAGUUAAAUUAAAAAAAGGUUUGUGGAGCUGUAUUACAAUCCAUGUCUAUGAACCUAAAACAGAGCAUGAAGGCAAAGCUAAGCAAAAUGCAGGCAGCAAAGCUGUGAGAUGUCACUCUGAAGGUGCUGCAAACAACCAUCAUCCACUGUUAUUUUCAAUAUUUAUGGGAGGCAGCCAUUGAUAACAAAAAAAAAAACUUAUUUAGCUCAAUGUCAAAGGUUUGCAUGUUGUGUUGCAUUGCAAAAGUAAAAAACUUUAGUUUUGAAGAAAAAAAUGGCCAGUUGUACUUGCAAGAAAAGUGCUUCAAGUCAAACAUGUUUACAACUGCAGCCCCUUGGAUUUGGCUUUUAGAAGUAAAACUGACACACUAGACCAACAGUAAAAACUUAAAUGAAUAGGGCUAUGAGCCAUUUAAUUAGUUUUCAGUAACGCACGUGUAAAAAAACAUGAUUUUGAAAUGGUAACUGUACUAAACACCAGGUGCUUUUUUUGUAUUUGGCCCCCGGACCUGAAAACAGAAGAGUCACUGUAGACGCUGCUGUCAAAAAAAAAAAAAAAAAAAAAAAAGAGUUUCUUUCCACCAAAGUUCAACCAAAUGUAAAGAAUAUGGCUGCCUUUCAGGUGGUUGAUGUUUGCUUUAUUCCUGUGUUACUUGGGGGAAAAAAAUACUUAAAUGUCAAUGACUCAAAGAAGAGGAUAAAGUUAUCACCAAGCUCUACCGGAUAGAGAGAGAAAAAGAGAUAUCCUUGAUAAAGUCAGAAGUGUUGAUAAGCAAAAGUAAGAGCUGUUGCUGGUGAGUGCAUCAUUUCCAAUGUGACUUUGUGAUCAGUAGUGAAAUUUCCUGCUAUGAGCUUUCUUCUUUUUGAGUAAUGUACGAGUCUCCUGCAGUGCGAUGGUUUUAACUUGGGUGCACAAACUAGUCAUCAUGCUAGCAGAGAAAAUAGGCAGCUAUUUUCUGCAGCCCCUUGAGUGGACUGCUUCAUGACUCACAAGAGUCAAGGCCAAAGAGCCGUUUGGUCCUAUUGUCAAAAAGAACCAAGAACAGCACAGUGAAGAUGGGACACCAAAUGCAACAGCCUUGUUUUGGUUUUUACACCUAAAAAUUCCAUUAAUGAAAAAUACAUCCAAACUAUUUGAAUUAGUUUAAACAAUAUAUAACUGGUGUACAAUUAAUAAAACGUGCAUCUAAAAAUAGUUCUACCCUGAAUUUCAGAGUAAUAAAAACCUGUAGGUUAUAAUAAAAAAAUGGGGCAUGAUGUCUGAAAUUUACUGAGAUUUUGACUCUAAAAGGGAGCACAAAAUUGCAGGUGGGUAGAUUUUUCCCUUUUUGCUUUGUUUUUGCCAUGAGGCAAACCACUUAAAUGUGUUGGUCUGUGUGAGACAGACUUUAUUGCCCUUUUGGCGAGUGAAAAACGUCACAGUUUUCCUAGCAGCAACAGACGACAGAGCCCCACUUUUAUGAUCCUGGCCUAACAGCAGCGUCCGGAGUGAGUGUGCACGUGGUAAAUCAGCUCCACGGGUCUAAGACACAUGAAGUGUGGCCUGUGGGGGCUUUUGUGUGUGCACAAACACAAAUUAAGACUAAGCCAUGCGUUCAGAGGGAACUUCUAAGCCAGAGAUCAUUCGUUUCGCUGCCGUUAAGAUAUAUGUUUAGAAAAGAAGUGAGCUCAGGCAGAGUCACUGGGAAUGUGUGCUUAAGUGCGCAACUGUUGUUUUUUGGUAGAUUUAAAGGCAGCAUAAAUAUAAACAUUGAGACUGAAAAUGUCCAUAUGGAUAAAAAAAAAAAAAGGAAAAUCUCUGAAGUUUAGUUGCAAACAAAAACAAAUGAGGACAACUGUAGCCUUGAGACUGAUGCUCUGUUUAGUUAAAAUCAAACAUUUGGAUGUUGGAUAGAAGGUUUUUUGAUCUUCAAUGACAAAAAGGAUUCUUUUUGGAUAUGAAGGAAUCUGAAACACAAAAUGGCCUCCUUGAGAAAGAGGAGGAGACCCAGAAGAAAACAAAAAUAGAAAAGGGCAAGGAGAAGUAACUCAGGCAGAUGACAAGGGCACCACGAUAUGGCGAUAGCCUGAAGUAGUAAGUCAGAAGACAGCAAUUCCACAGCAGGGGGAAAUACAAAGCAAGAGACAAGUGGGCAAAAAGAGGAUUUUAAGAAAAGAAAAAAAAGGGAGACAAAGGGGCAAAAUGAGAGGCAAAGAACAAUGUCACUAAAAAAGAACUAGUGCUCGCAAAAGAUGAAACCUUAGCAAAACUUCAGAUGGAUCAGAGGAGCCCCUCUGUAGCAGUGGAAGGAGAAUUUGCAUCAGUGUGGAUGUCCAGAUAACAAGCUGUGUGCUAAUGUCAAACACUUACUGGGAAAAUGGGCUCUGCUGAGCUAAGAAUGGCAAAUGAAAGCAACGUCAAGAUGAAAGCCCCUAAAAAGCCGAGUACAGCACAGAGUUUUCAUGUGGCGGCGAAAUUAUUCAGUUGCUUCAGCAAACUGCUUUGAGGGUUUUAAUUUGAGUGUGCGUGUGUGGUUGAGUCAGCUGUGAUCUUUAAACAUCAAACAAAUCGAUAGUCAACUUCUGUUUACUCGGAAACACUGAAGUCUUGCUGGAUUGUAGGAAAGGAAGCAUUCUUACCACAACUCAAGGUUUUAUAGUACUUUGAAUUUUUGCCAGGCUUUGUUAUUAAAAUAAAAUGCUGAUGCAUCUCCUAUGCAGCUCAAAGGAGAAGGGGAGAUGAUUUACAAAGGAAGAAAGUUGUGAUGAGUGGGCAAUAACCAGAUACAGAAUGCAACGCCAAGUCUUAAUGGAUUCAAAAAAAAAAAAAAAAAAAAAAAAUACGACUGGAAACAUUUCUCUAAUUUGCAGUCCUUUUUUGGAAAAUUAUAAGAAAUUUCAAGUGCAUUGCAGAUGUCCUGGAAUUGUUUAAGUAGCUAAAACUGAUCAGUGCAUUUUGAGGGUUUCAUGCAUUUUUUUUUUCUGUUAUACCGAAAACAAUCUGUCCCGUUUCAGCCAAUGUUCAGUCACUCAACAUGUUUUCAAUUAAUAAAAAAAAUAAAAUAAAAGAGUAAUUGAAAAGAGGAAAACUGGAAAGGAUGCAUUCAAGGAAUAAAAAGGAAAAAUGUUUGUUUAGAGGAGAGAAUAGGGGAGGUAGCUCAAGGUAGGAUGGUUUUGGCAUGACUUCCCCCUCCCACUGUUGGCAGCAGAGGUGCAAACUGUUAGCUCCCAGCAGUACAUGCGUGUAUUAGUAUUGUUCCAGGACCUAAUCACUGUGCGUGAGACUUUCAGUGGAGGCAUGUGUGUGUUUAAGUGUCAAAGCAAUGCCAGAAGUGAAUAAAAGGAGUUGUAAGGAGGUGACAGACAAACAGUACAGCGCAACAAUAGGAAGUAAUCAUCCAUCUAUGGUUGUACCAUAUUACUGAAGCAAAGGUUAAGUCAAGCAAAGACACUUCUGCCUACCAUAAAAAAGUGCCCAACUCCAGUUUGCCGCUUAGUUGAUUGCUUUUAAAUGUUUCGUAAUUCAAAAUUAAAUGAUGAAUUUUAUUGUUAUAUUUGAGAGGCACCCAUAACAACCCAACUGUAUCAAUGAAGACUGCACAAACGAUAUUGUCCAUUUAGGACGAGAUUUGUUGGACUAUUGGGGGUUCUGUUUUACUUUCAGGAGUCUGUAAAACUAAUUUCAUUUCUAAAAUCUUUUUUUUUUAAAGUGCACUUGUAGUUUACAAAAAACAGAACUGCUUAGCAGGAAUGCCACAGUUCUCGGUUUAAAACAGAACUGUGUGUAACAUCAAUGAAACGAAUCAUAGGGGAAAAAAAAAUCUUUGCAUAAAUGCCUGCCAAGUUUAUGUUCCAAUUGUCAAACACAACUUUAAACCAACUUUAAGAAAGAUUUAUUAUGUAAAGCUUUAUUACAUUGCACUGGGCUUAGUAUAAGCCAAUCAAAAGGUUGUUCUCCUUGGUCACUUAUUGGCAUAUUUUAAACAAUGAUUAUUAUGAAUUUUUGGGGCUUUUCUUUUGGAAACAAAACCGUGGCCCAAAAAUCAAAGUUUGAACCGAAUCAUAAGGAAAGUGCUUUAGUAUCACUACUCCUUAGUUGAUGCAGGGUGUUUACCCUAAAACCAUGAAUAUUCUUGGUUUUUGUGACUUAAUCUAAAAGAUGAAAUCAAAAAGCAGAUGUACAAACUAAGCUCUAAACCAAAAAAUAUAUUUAUAAAAAAAGAGCAUUUAGAUUGACUUUUAUUUUUCUUUAGCCGAGCAACAUUCUAAACCAAAGGUUAAAAAACUUAUAAAAAUACAGUUGGCAUGAAGAUGACUUGAAGAACUGCAGUGUCUUGGAUCUGCCUCUGCAAACACCCCUACACACACACAGGGUGAGUUUUAGCCAACAGAGGAGUUUAAAGACGCUGCCUUUCUAUUAUGGCCUCAAAUAAAACUAUGCUUAUAUACAAGUUUCUAGCCUGUUGCCAGCUUGCAGUAUAAAAUAUAUCUGUUCAUCCAAAGAUGAAAGCCAACAUUGUUUCUUUAAUAAUUUACUAUUUUUUAAACUGUUUUUGCAAGCCCUGUUCAUUCCUUUAUGCCCCAGACCAUCCUGUGGGUAGUACAGCAAAGAUGAAGGGAAGAGGGAAUAAGGAGAUGCUGGUUGCUGACACAGCUGAAGAGAUGUUGGUAUAUUAACUGAUGGAAUGAGGGAGGAGAUGGAUGGUAGGAUGGAGUGCAGGUGUGAACUGGGCUAAGCUGCUGAAGGAUUACAGACUUAAAUCUUCCCUCUUUUAAGCCUUUAUUUAGUGCUCAUUUUUCCCCAGAUCAUGUUCCUUCUUACACCAGAUGCAAAAAAAAGAAAUAAAUAAAUAAAAAGUGCUGCAGAGUUGCGCGACUGUAGAGGUAGAGUUCAAAAAAAAAAAAAAAAAUGACCAGACAACUGGAGAUGGGAGGAUCAGGAAGGUGGAACCGCUUUGCAGCAGGGGCCAGCCAUCGACAGCUCAAUAACCCAACAAGUGACGGCUGGCUGACAUGAAACACAGACACACACAGAGCGGUUGUGGGGAAGCGGCCGGGUGAAGACGAUCUAGAUGAACAGAGGCGGGUGUUUGUGUGUCGGGGUCUUCAAUCAAACUCUGCAGGAAAGAAAAGAGGAAAAUAAAAAAGAAAAAGGGACAGGAAGCAUGGGAGGAAAAGGCCCAGAGAUUGACUGACUCUUUUUAUGAUGACAGCUGACUUAGAGAGGGAGAGUGUGCGUGAUGCAUUUUAACCCUGCAGCCAAGACAACGUCGAUGUGUGGCAACUGCUGUGUUGUCAAGGGAACUAUUAGCACUGAGAGCCCAGUGUCUGCUUUGUCCUUGCUUGUAUAAACACAAUCUCCCUGCAUGAAGAAACCGUUUCUCUUCAUAACCUCUGUAAACAUCGCAGGUUAAAAAAGAAGCCACAAUUCAGUUGAUCCCGACAACAGAACAGCCGCUGCACUCCUUCUUAUGUGUUUGAUGUAUGUGUAAAGACUGAUGAGUGUGUGAGUCUGUCAAAACUGUCACUAUGUUAUGUCGCCAUGUCACAGUCAUCAACAGAAAGGAAUCUGAGCGUAAAUAAAUCACAGAAGCCCGCAGCCAUUUCCUCAGGGCGGCUCAUCAGAUUCAAAUGAAACAUGGUGAAGGACACAGAGAUGCAGCCUCCAGAACACAGCGAGCGCAGGUAAGCAAUAAAGGCCAAGAUCUGCUUCAAACAACAAUUAGGCGACUGAGCGAUCACUUAGUGAGCAGCAGCACAGAGAGCGGCGCAGCAAACCCGGCCGCUCGGCUUUCUUGUCCAGCACCCAGAAGUACCUGCAUGCUUAGCAAACCAGGAAGCAAGCGAGACGACGACAGAGAAAAGAACAAUGAAGUGUGGAUUUGAGUGGCAUACAUUUAACGAGUGGCAUAAAAUGCUAAUGAAGUGAACAACAAUGGCAGCAAAUUAAGAAAUAAGCGCUGAAAUGAGGCCGCUUUACGAGGCAGAACAGUACAUGAAAAAGAAGCGGCUGACCGCGGACAGCUUAACAAGACAACUCGUGGAAAAUAAAAAUCACAAGAAUUUUGUUUUUCAACUUGUUUACAGAAAAGCAAAUCUUUAAUUCAUGCUUCAUAUCACCUUUUAGAAUCUGCAUUAGUUUAAACAUGGCAUUCACACAAAAAAGGUACUGAGAAGUGAAAUGAUUUUAGCAACUACUUCUUUACAACUAAUCAAAA